GAAAAGGUUGGCUGGUAACUGGGCGAGCGGCCGGUGGAUGUUAACAGCUCCAGCGCCGCCGGCCGCCACUCCUCCAGCCUCACCCGACAAGCUAGCACUCUCUUCAAUCUCCGUCCACCACUCGACUUUAUUCUUCAACAACAAUGUCAGAUAUUGACUACGAAGAGCUGUCGUCCGACCUUGAUAACUAUGUAGUGUUGGACGUGAGGAACAGGGACGAGGUGAAGAAGACUGGUCGAAUCCCUGGCUCACGCUGCAUUCCUAUCUCGGAGCUGGAUGACGCCCUAGACAUGGACGACGACAGCUUCCAGGAGAAGUACGGGUUCCCUAAGCCUACCACCGACCAGACCAUCGUGCCUCACUGCCAGAUGGGCGGACGCGCCAGGCGGGCCGGGGAUGCUCUCACCGCCAAGGGGUUCCAGACAAGGGUUUAUGGCGGCUCCUUCAAGGACUGGACAAUCAAGGGCGGGCAGGUGGAAGCCUGCGAACCAUUCGAGGGAAGCAGCUAGAGGGAGCCACCAGCCUGCUGUAUUCUUCUGCACACACACCAAAGGCAGAGGAGAGAUUACAAAGCUCUCUACAACGUCCUUCAUCGGCAUCAGUACACUGUUUGUUGCUGUGUGUCACUAAACACUGAUGAUAAAUGAGAACCUCUUACACAGGACUGCCUCACGCUUCAACUACUCCUAAAACUCUAAUUUUUAUUUAUUUAUUUCUAAAUCAGGAUGCAGCAUUUUCGGAUUUAAAGAGUUUUUAAGUCUCUACUUCUUAUCAUCACGGGUUUAUUAGGCAUUAUUGCACAGUGCUUUAUGAAAUAAAAGCAAUUGAAUU